AACAACGGCGACAAAUGAAACGAAUAUUGAAACAUUCGUUCAUCAAAUAAUUCUUCUAUUUAUACGUUAUGGAAUCAUUUCCAUUAUUUUUUCAUUUCUUUUGCUACGUUCAAUGAGAAUAAUGCAGCGAUGGUUACGAUCAAGAUCGAUGAUUUGUAAAUUUUCGGGCAUAAAUGUUCCAUUUUGGAAAAUUCCAAUUGGAAACAUUGACAUGUUAUUCAUUGAAAGUUGGACAACAGAAACAAUUGUUGAUGAUUAUUUUAAAGUGAUGACCGGAAUGUCCAAACUUUUUGGUGAAACAUCUCAUAUUUGGCUUUCAUUGUUUCCAACUAUGAUUAUUUGUCAUGCCGAUGUUGCUGAAAAAAUAUUAUCCAGCACUGAUACAUUUUUAGAUAAAGAUCAAUAUUAUGAAAUGCUUAAACCAUGGCUGAAUGAAGGACUAUUGACCAGUUCAUCGGAUAAAUGGCGUUCACGACGAAAAUUAUUGACACCAACAUUUCAUUUUAAUAUUUUGGAACAAUUUUUACCCAUCAUGAAUGAACAGGCACAAAUUCUUUCCCGUAUAAUCAAUGAUCGUCAACUGAAAGCAGGUGGUAAUGGUUAUCUAGAUAUUGUGCCACUAAUAACGAAUGCAACGUUGGAUGUUAUCUCGGAAACUGCAAUGGGUGUGAAAAUUGGUUCACAACUCGAUAAGAAUCGUGAUUAUGUGGAUGCAGUUGCAAGAACUAUGGCUACAAUUAUGAAACGAAUGUUAUUGCCAUGGCUUCAAAAUAAUUUCAUUUAUUUUAAUUUUUUGGCCGAAGGACGUGAACAUCGUUGUGAUAUUAAACUAAUUCGCGAAUUCACAAUGAAUGUUAUUAAAGAACGUAAAACGAAAUUUGUAUUGGACAAAUAUGAUACAAAGAGAUCAAAAUAUUUUCAACAACCAGAACGCAACAUACCGGAUCGUUUUAUCGAAGGUUCUGAACAUUAUUGUGGCCGAAAAAUUUGCUUAUCUUAUGUGCCAUUUUCAGCCGGACCACGUAAUUGUAUUGGACAAAAAUUUGCUCUACAAGAAGAGAAAAUCAUGUUGGCCACUUUAUUGUCUCGAUAUCGUGUUGAAUCCGGUGAUUAUCUUGGUAAUGUUAAUAUGAAAGCGGCAUUAAUUUUAAAACCAAAAUCAUCAGUCAAUAUUCGUUUCAUACAACGUAUAUAAUUUUUAAUCAAAUCAAACGAAAAUAAAAAAAGAGAUAAAUCCUUUUAUUCCACCAACUUUUGCUUAUGUUUAUUCAAAUUUAAAUGAUGAUUAAAAUAAAAUCAAAUGUGAUGCCACACACAUGAUUACUGGUUUUCUCUGUGUAAAAAACAACAAUAACAAAAUCCCAUUAGUAAACGAUAAAUCGUGAAUUACAUUUCCACAUUUACACUUUACGCGGUCAAUCAGCUGAUUUUUUUUUGUCCGAAAAAAAAUGUAUGCCAAAAUGUACAAAAUGUCUAUAAACAUUAUCAUCAGGAUGAUGUUGAUGUAUUAAAUUUGUGACAAUGAUCAAUCCGUUAUAUAUCAAUGAAGAUAAUGGCUGCAUAAAUAAAAAAAACACAAAAUUCAAAACAAAUUUAUCAGCAAAAUGAACACAAAACACCAAUCUUUUAAUCUUAUAAUUAAUGUAUUAAUUAUAUUAUAAUUAAUUUGCAAAACAAAAUGCUUGGCUUUGUCAAUUGACAAACAAUCGUUUGCAUCUAAUGUACAUUGAUAAUAAACCGAAAUGAAAAUAAAAUUCUCGAUGUCAACGUCGAUCAAAUUUGAAAUAAGUACAUAUUACACGCUAUCAAUCAUCAUAAUGGAUUGUAACAAAAAUUUUUUUUUUCUUUUUGAUUUAUCUUUGUUCGUACAUUUUUCAUAUCUACGAAAAAUACCUUCACAGCACACGAAAAAUACACACUUUUUACUGUUGAAUUGAAAUUUAUGAAACCGAAAACGAUUUCCCAAGAAAAUGAAAAGAUUUUGUUCGAUUUGAUUGAUC